AUGCCUGGUCAUGUUAAUGAGAAGUUUGGAGGUCUCUAUCAUAAAUUAGUUGAUUUAUUGCCUUUGCUAGACAAGUCUUCUUUUACCAGUGAAAUAGCCAUUAAAAAUAAAUUUUCGGCAGAAAUUGAUGCCAAAAAGACUGAAAUUACUGACCGACUAAAAAUUUCUUUUUCUGCGGAUAUUGAUGCCGCAGCAAAUGAAGAUUACGGACAAGGGCAAUUAAAUGCCGAAAGGAAAAAAGUUUUUACUGUUUACGGAAAUCAAAUUAACAACGCUUCUUUACUCACAAAAACUAAAGAAUUAAUUAAACUUCUGGUCAAAGGGGAAAAAGUUGUUAAAGAGGCUAACAAUCUAGAGAAAAUGAUUUUAGUUAACCAAUUAAAAGAAAAAUACCAAAAUGGCACAGGAGACAAAAAGCAGGCUUAUAUUAUUGUUAAUCAAGUUGAUAAUAAUUGGGUAGACCGGACGAUUGCUGAUUUGGGAAAGUUUACCGUAAAGGGCCCGCAAGUCCUUCUUGUUGAGUUUAGACUCAGUUUACAGUCUAAAUAUAAAGAUAGUGUUGCUGCUCAGGCAGUUUUUAGUAAUAAUGUUUUAGAUUCAGUGAGGGCUCUUGAAUUAGCCGAAAGAUUAUAUAAAAAAGUGAAAAAAGCCGAGGUAAGUGAUGAUAUCGACAUUUCCUUAUUAACUUUUUUGCAAAGUUAUCAAAGGGCCGGAGAAGGAACUAUCAAAAAUCAAGCCUGGCAAGCGGUAAAUAGUUAUAAUCAGCAAGCCGAAACUGCAUUAAAUCAUCUCCAAAAAACUGACAAAUCGCGGAAGGAGUUAAUAAGGCUAAUCCAAGAAACUAAGAGUGAAAGUGAAUUAGAAACGGCUUAUAAUCAAGUUCAAAGCAGUGAAUUAUUCCAGCAGGGCGAAAAAAUCAGGACGGUUGUUGAUAAUCUGAGACAAAGAAAAAAAGUCUCUUUCAAAAUCGAUCAAAACGAAAAUAUCUCGGACGAAAAUAAAACCUUUUUGAAAGGUGCUUUGGUAAAACUAAUUCCAGAAACUAUAAAGAAUCAUAAUGAUGAACGAGAGUUAGUCGAAUUAGAGAAACAACUAAAAGAUUUUCAAAGUGCCCCGGAGAGUAAAGAAAAGGGAAAGAUCUAUAAGGAAUAUAAAAAUUUCAUUGACCAAAUUUUAACUGAAAUUAGCCAGGAAAGAGAAAGGUACCAGCAAGCGAAGCAAAAAAGUGAUUUAGAAAUAAAUCAAAAUGGUAAUGCUAAACCAAGCCCAGGUGGUCUACCGAAUUGA